GAUAGUGCAGAAGCUAUGCCAUGCCAUUAUACACAUAUUUUUUAUACUGCAUCACUAAUAUUUCUACUUGGCCUUCUGCCAGUGCACUUCUACUCGUACAAACCUUUCCUGGAACAGGGUUUUGGACAUACUCGUACUCGUAUAUCCUUGGUACGCAUAUUUUGGCAGCAGUCUGCCUUCCUUGAGCUUGCUUUUGUUGGAC